AUGCUUCCAGUCUUAACAGAUUUUAGUACAUUUUACAACAGACUAUGCAUAGUGGUGACAGUAUUUAUAACCGUGAAUCUUGGACGAAUACGGGCCGAUAACUGUGGGCAGGAGGAGCUGACCAAGUGUGCCCGCCCGUUCCAAGUAAUACAAUCGACGACGGAUCUGUCCAUAGCGACGAAAAAGGAGGAUCUGGAUAAAAUAUGCCCUGAUCUAAAUAACGGGCUACACUGUAUACGUAGCUACACGCGACGUUGUAUGACCCUGGAGCAGCGCAACCGAUUCAACAAGCUGUACAACGGAACUAACCAAUUCGUGCGAGACCUUUGCCGUGAGGGUGACUACCAGCGCGAAUUCCUUUCACACGCACCCUGCCUACAGUUGGUCCGACCGGACUAUGAAGUUUGCGGGCGACGGUAUCAUCACACCGUGACGGCAAUAACGCAGCAGUUCCAGCCCGAGGAUCACCAACACCAGCAUCAUCACGGACAUCAGGGGCAGCAGCAACAGACGAACGGGGAGUUAAGUGAACACCAGCACGAACGGCGCCAUCGGAACCAUCGGACGGCCAGCCGCACCGAUGAGGAUGACGUGCUGAGGGUGUGCUGUUCGUUCAUGGAGUAUCUCGAUUGUUCGGAAUCGGCUGCCAGAAAUACGUGCGGUCGCGAUACAGCCAGAUUCACCCGUGGCUUCUUGGACAAGAUGUCGUCGACGUUAAUCAAGAUGUACUGUGAGGAUUACUACAAAUCAAACAAAUGUCCUUCAAUGUACACAUCGUCGUCCAGCAGUCGUUGGAGUCAAUUACACAGUGCAAUACUCCUUCUAGUUCCCACGAUCAUUAGCUCCAUCAGCAGCUGGUCCUCCUUCUGGUGGACGUUUCGAUCGGACGCCGCGUUACGGUUACGAUAA